CUUCUCCCCAGAUGGCGUAUUCGAGCGUUGCAAUCGUCCAUAUCUACGACACUGCAAAACUUGCAAAGUUUUGUAAAUAAGAAACAUUUGCAUUUGUGACCCUUGGUUCUGGCAACACUCUGCGCUAUCUUCUCGAGGCUGUUUUAAAAUUUUAAACAUGAAACGAAUUAAGUGCUAUGGAAAGAAACAAACAAAGUUUAUUGAUACAUCAAAAACUAAUGCAUUUUUUGACAAUCCUAAGUUGCAGAAAUGUAGGGAGACUGAUCAUGAUAUGAAAGGCAUUGAGGAUCAUAAGAAAAGGAAGGAACUACAUAGUUUUUGCAAUGUGUCGCCUCUUAAAACAAGCAAAAGUCAUGAAAGUUUAUUUGGAUCUCUUAUUUUUGAGCCACAUCAAGAUAGAUGUUUUAAACUUAAUCAAAGCAUUAAAUUAAUAGAGAAGAAACCUCAUUUAAAGGUGAAAAAAUAUAAAGGGAAACGAAAACAAAAAGGUAAAAAUUCUUCUAUGCCGAAGUAUAUUUCUACAAAAGGUGUACCAAACUGGUCAAGUAUUUAUCAACAUCAGUUAGUAGUUAACAAGAAUGCUUCGAGUAGACAUAUCUUAAAUAAUAUUUGUGGUGGAAGAAGUCUAAGACAAUCUUUUGCAAGUCCUUUUCCUAGGUCUUCACUUAUUCGUCCUAAAAGUUUUAAGAGAAAGUUAAUUCCUCACAAAUCUCCUGCUAUUUCUACAAGUUUUGUUAAAACUCAACAAAAUCCUUCUAAUUCUUCACUUAGUCAUCUCAAAAAUGUUGGCAUAUCUGGUGAAAAGCCUUUUUUACAAUUGAGAGAUUUGCGUGUUGUGUUGGAAAAAUUGAAAAUAGAUCCUAACAAUGAUGUAGCAUCAAAUUCUGCUACUCCUUCUAAUACUUCUAACUCUUCACUUAGUCCUCACAAAAAUAGUGACUUAUCUGGUGAAAAGCCUCUUUUGCAAUUGAGAGAUUUGCGUGUUGUAUUGGAAAAAUUGAAAAUAGAUCCUAACAAUGAUGUAGCAUCAAAUUCUGCUACUUCUUCUAAUACUUCUAACUCUUCCCAUAGUCCUCUCAAAAAUAGUGACUUAUCUGGUGAAAAGCCUCAUUUGCAAUUGAGAGAAUUACGUGUUGUAUUGGAAAAAUUGAAAAUAGAUCCUAACAAUGCUGUAGCAUCAAAUUCUGCUAUUCCUAAUACUUCUAACUCUUCACUUAGUCCUCUCAAAAAUAGUGACUUAUCUGGUGAAAAGCCUCUUUUGCAAUUGAGAGAUUUGCGUGUUGUAUUGGAAAAAUUGAAAAUAGAUCCUAACAAUGAUGUAGCAUCAAAUUCUGCUACUCCUUCUAAUACUUCUAACUCUUCCCAUAGUCCUCUCAAAAAUAGUGACUUAUCAGGUGAAAAGUCUCCUUUGCAAUUGAGAGAAUUGCGUGUUGUAUUGGAAAAAUUGAAAAUAGAUCCUAAUAAUCAUGUAGCAUCAAAUUCUACUACUCCUAUCAGUUUUGACUUUUUUAAAAACAAACACAACUUUUCCAGUCUAAAUAAUAUUCCAUAUGCUAGUACGCCUGCCAAAUCACUUAAAAAGCUUCAUGGUGGAUAUAUUAAUAAUGUUGACUUAAGUCCCAUUCUUAAAUAUGAGCAUAAAAGAACAACUAAACAGGCCUUUACUUUUGAGGAUUCAGUUUCUUCACAAGUUUCGGCAUCAAUCGCAUCUAGAAGAAGUGUAAAUCCUGCAAAGCAAGGAAUGUCAAAGAAAUUGCAUCUACCUUUUAAAUCUUUCUCAAAUAUUGAGCGAUCAAUAUAUCUGCAAAGCCACAGCUCCAUUAAAAAGGUUGCUGAGUACGACACUGAGCAUUUUUCAAUUUUACCACAACUGCUUGAAUUAUGUAAUCAAAAUAAAGUACUUGAGUUUUCUGAAACUUACGAUUUGAGAAAAACAGGCUUUAAAAAAAUUGGCGAAGGAUCCUAUGGUGAAGUUUUUUGUUUGACUCAACAGAAGAAAUCUUUCAUCAUUAAAGUUAUCCCUAUUUCCGACCAGUUUUCAGACAGCUUGCAGAGUAUGGCUAGUGUUUAUUCCGAAAUAAAAGUUUCUCU